AUGGCAAGUGACGAUGACUUCGAAAUCGAGGUUCCCGAGCUGGCGGAAGACGACCCCAUGAGAGCGUUUCUUCCAUCCUCCUUUGGCAAGAAAUCCAAGGAAGCAAACAUUGCGGCCCAAAUCGACCGAAGCAAGAGAAAUAUCGACAGUACAACCGCUGCGGCAGGCCCGGACGCGAGCAGAGCGGAGGGCAAGAAACCGAGCACAAAGGACGCUUCCAGUGAUAGCGAUGACAGCGACUCCUCCUCCUCGGAUGAAUCUGAUGACGAAGACGAGUAUCCAGUGUCACAUGAAGUUGUACUGAAGACACACAGCCGCGCGGUUACUACAGCUUCUUUAGACCCUGCGGGAGGGCGGUUGUUGACCGCUUCGUUGGAUUGUGUCGUCAACUUCUACGAUUUUGCGUCGAUGACGCCAACUACACUCCGAGCCUUCAAGACGGUCGAUCCCUUCGAAACAAAGAAAUCAGCAGCUACGGCAGAGUCGCACCCUAUCCACCAUGUAGAAUUCAACCAGCUCUCUGGAGGCGUUUUUCUAUGCGUCUCCGCGCACCCACAAGCUAAGAUUAUGUCAAGAGACGGCGGAAUCCUGACUGAAUUCGUCAAAGGAGACAUGUAUCUGAGAGACAUGAAUAACACAAAGGGACACAUCUCGGAAAUCACUACAGGAACAUGGCACCCGACCGAUAAGAAUCUUUGCGUUACGGCUGGUACCGAUAGCACACUGCGAAUUUGGGACAUCAACAAUAAGCGAUCACAGAAAGAGGUAGUCGUGUUCAAGUCAAAAGCUGCCGGCUCAGCUGGCAGAACGAAAAUGACUGCGGUGGCCUGGGGUAGCCCAUCUCAAGGAGGAAAUAAUGUGCUUGUCAGUGCCGCGCUUGAUGGGACGCUGGUCAUGUAUGGUGGCAAUGGGCCAUUUGCACGGCCAGCGGGUGAAAUAAGAGACGCCCACAAACCACAGACUUGGACUAGCGGCAUUGAUAUUUCUUCUGAUGGCCGCAUGGUUGUUACUCGGGGAGGCGACGAUCUUAUCAAGUUGUGGGAUACCAGAAAGUUCACCAAACCUCUGGUUAGCGUAUCCCACAAAUCUACAUCAGAUUACUAUCCCACCAGCAAUAUUCGAUAUUCACCAAACUCGACUAGCAUCAUUACCGGUUCGGAGACGGGGCAUUUACAUAUUCUAAACCCAGGCAAUCUUCGGGCCGAACAUGUUACCCCAAUCACACCGGGUUCAGCCUUAAUUACUGUGAACUGGCACCCAAAGAUUAACCAGAUUGUUACAGGUUCUGCAAACGCCGAAACGCACGUCUUGUACAACCCGACGAUGUCGAACCGCGGUGCUGUGGAAGUCAUGUCUCGAGCUCCAAAGAAGCGCCACAUCGACGAUGACCCGAAUCUGACGAUGGACCAAGGAUUAGGCAUGUCUGGAGACGCGAUAAUCACGCCUGGCGGCAUGCCAGGUUCAAGGAAGUCUGGAGUGACUGGAACAGGCCGCUCCAAGGAUCCUCGCCGACCCCAUGUUCCUCAGCAAACUCCGUUCCAAAAGAGCCAACCAGACGAAAAGCAUGUUGCAGAGAACAUCCCACUGGCACGCAUGUUACACGAAGAUCCCCGCGAAGCACUACUAAAGUAUGCCGAUAAGGCCCAAAAUGACCCAAUAUUUACCAAAGCAUGGAGUAAGACACAGCCCAAGACACAGUACGCCGAACUUAGCGACGAGGAGGAGGAUGGACCAGAUAAAAAGAAGGUCAAAAGGUGA